CGCAACCUGGUUCCAAUGACCUGGAGUCCUGAUGCUGCAGACAGCUCGUCCUUUGACGUCCAGCUUGGUGACAUCAUCCUCACGGCCACAGACGGUCUCUUUGACAACAUGCCUGACUACAUGAUCCUGCAGGAACUCAAGAAGCUCAAGAACACCAACUACGAGAGCAUCCAGCAGACGGCGAAGAGCAUCGCAGAGCAGGCUCACGUUCUGGCCUACGACCCCAACUACAUGUCUCCCUUCGCACAGUUCGCCUGCGACAACGGACUGAACGUCAGAGGAGGGAAGCCGGAUGACAUCACGGUGCUGCUGUCCAUUGUGGCGGAGUACACGGACUAGCGUCGGUCCGGUGGUUGGCACCAACCCUCGGCUUCCUCCGGGUGCUGGAAUGACUCGCUUGGGCCCACUCGACCCAUUUCCUGCUGGCAGGAUCUGGGACUACUGUUGGUCAGCUCGGCUGGUUCGCUCGCUUACUUGCCCUCGCCGCACUGGUGUUUUGCUUUUGUCUUUCGGCACGGCCUCCGUUCCUUUUUCCUCAGUCCAUGCCGCGCCACGCUGCCUCAUGGUGUGCUCCCCACGCCCCCCUCCCUCAGUAAGGCUCCCUCCUCUUCACCACCACCACCACCACUGGCAUCUCUUGAGUCUCCAACCCAACCCAACCCAACCCAGCCCAGUCCAACCCAACACAACUUAACCCAGCCCAGUCCAGCCCAACCUAACCCAGCCCAGUCCAACCCAACACAACUUAACCCAGCCCUGUCCAACCCAACCCAACCUAACCCAAAGUAGUGGCGUCUUAGUUCAGUUUUCUUGUUUUUUGACGUAUGCAAGAUGAGCCAGAGGAGAAGGUAGGGUGGAGCAGGGAGACGUCGCUAUGACGCCAGGGGAUCUGGAGAUGGUGGGUGUUGAUACGCAUCUAUGCAUGAAUGGACAGAGUGCUGAAAGGGAGAUGUCCUCAGAUAUGACUACUCCAAAAUGGCAAAGCCUUGGCUUGUUUAUCCUCUACUCUGGAAAACACACACACACACACAUCGUGGUCUGUGUGGCGCCUCCUUGCUCCAGGUAUCGGUGGCAAACAGACGAACUGAUUAGCACGCACACACACACAGCGCUGCCAGAAGAGCUGAUUUGGACAAGGCUUUGUAAGCAUCCGCUGAUGUCUGCCCUGCUUGGCCACGGUAGCCUGGAGGUGGAGGAGGAAGAGGAGGAGGAGGAAGAGCUGAAAGCAGUCCCAAAGUCACUGGAUAGUACAUAAAUGUAGAACCAGCCCAAAAACAAGUAUAUCGUCUAGAUCUAACUCUUAACGGAUCUGCACCGGACUUCAAGCAGGUCCAGACCCAGAACAGAAUGACCUCAAGCGCCAGGGAAGCACCUGAGCCAGAUAUGCAUCAGGCGUGGGGUUUGAAGUCUGGGGCAGAUAUGCAUCAGGCGUUGGGUUUGAGGUCUGGGGCAGAUCCGUGGGGCAUCAGGCGUGGGGUUUGAGGUCUGGGGCAGAUCCGUGGGGCAUCAGGCGUGGGGUUUGAGGUCUGGGGCAGAUCCGUUGUCCGGUCCCAUCUGGGAGUCCAGUAGUGUGUCUGACGUUGAGCAGGCGAUGCCAAAGCUGUUUCCUCAUCACAGGGAAAAGCCUCGACACGACGAUAGCAGCGAGCAAUGUUGAACGUGUGUGGCGUACAGUCUCUGUGAUCUCUUGAGGACAGUAGAAAGAAUGAAGUGUAAAAGCGAGUGUGUGUUUCUUUGGAAAAUAAAUUGUACAUGAUUUUA